AUGGCCGCCCGUAGAGAUCAAUCCAAAUAUUGCAGGUUCCACUGGGACCACGGUCAUGACACAGAGGACUACCGCGACCUCCAGAAUCAAAUAGAGGCACUAAUCCGGAGAGGCCACCUCAGAUGCUACCUCAAAUCCCGAGAGGCAACUCCACGCCCCAGGGGACCCACCGAGAGACAGAUCGACGUCAUUUCUGGCGGGCCAGUAACUGGCGGCAACAUCAUGACGGCAAGAAAGGCCUACACCCGCAGCACGAUGGAGAAACAUCCUCGACCCGAGCACGAGCCUAAAAUCACCUUUGGGGCAGGAGAGGUCGAGCGCUCCCACCAUGAUGAUGCUUUGGUGAUCUCCAUCCAAAUCGCCAACGCUCGAGUUAAGAGGGUGAUGGUUGACACCAGGAGUUCCGCCGACGUUCUCUACUUUGAUACCUUUAAGAGGCUCGACUUGACCGAGGGAGAUCUCACCCCUGUGGCAUCAGCACUUAUAGGGUUCACGGGGGAUUCCAUCUCCCCAUCGGGGAGGAACCGAGAGCGAAAAUAG